UCCAAGAUGCCUCCUGUCCUGCAGUCACGCCUACAGCAGUGAAACGCAGCUAGUUUUUGUAUAAACUUGAAAACGAUAUUAUUUAUCUUUUUAUUAAUUUAUAUUAAAAUACAAUGAUAAUGGGAUGCCUAUGUUAUUUUUAAAAGUGCAAAAAAAAUUUUUUGUAUCUUAUUGCGUGAUUGCAAACACGCAAGGAUAUAAGCAACAAAUCAUUCGUUCAGCAUCGGGAUCAAAGUUCUAAAAUCGGGUUUGGAAUUAUAGAACAAAAAUCAACAUUAUAUACAUAAAUCAGAAAAAAACUGUAAGAUUAUGUUGUGCGAACUGCUGCAGGAAUCCAACCCGGAAGAAAAUAACGAACGCUUGUUCUUUCUGUGAGUUGUUUUUUUUUCUAAGGGAAGUUGAGCCGAUGAAGCUUCUGUGGUUGCCAAGUGACGGAGAGCCAAGCCUUCAUGCCACUCCAGCAGUCCGCCUGAAGAACUCAAGGCUUUGUAACGCCAGUGUCUGUCACAGUCAGGAAUGAUUUUGUUCUGAUACAUCACUAAACAGUAAAAAAAGCAACUCAUCAGACAUACAGAUAUCAGUAUACAGAUACUUGAGGAGUAUUUUUUUUGAAAAAACCGAAUACAUUCAGAAAACAGAUUUGUGCUGAUUGCUGUUUCAAUCUAAAUGCCUGGUUUCGUGGACUGCAGACUGCCCCUAAAUAGAAUCAAGUUUCCAUUCGCAAUCAGAUGUCUUUCUGCCUGAGUGAGCUGCACUUGUGGUCCUUGAAGAAUACCUUGCAUGUCAGAGAUACAGAUAUUGGCACCUAUCAGUACUAUGAUAAAGGAGAACCAGUGUCACCAACAGAGUGCUAUUAUUUUGAAGAGAAGCAGGCAUUUUUAGAAUCUCGUGAGUAUCCAUGGACCCCCAAGAAUAGACGCCCCGAGAAGCUUCGAGACACCCUAAAGGAGCUUGAGGAGCUGCUCCAAAGUAACCGGUGUGUGCGAAGCAAAUGGAAGAACAAGCACUUCUGCCAGCUAAUUCUUGGUUCAGGUGUGCUGGUGUAUCUGAUCCUUUCAGGGCCACAGCUGGAGAAGGUGACAAUUGACAGGACCCUGGUGGGGAAGCUCAUCGGCGACACCAUCAGUGAUGCGGUACUCGCAGACAGUUUCAUUAUCUUGACUUUCCUGGAGAAAAACAAGGUUUGCUACAUCCAGUUCACAAGGAAACAAAGCUCCCCAAACAUCAGCAAGAGGGUGGAAAAGCUUUCCAUUUCAGAUCUCAAGAUCUCCUAUGUGGAUUUACCUGGACCUGCAGGACGGAAAGUGGACCGUCGACUGGCGGUAAACUGCUUGCAGGACAUAGCGAUUUGCUGGUGGCCAACAAUUAAUGAGGAUGCCUGGCCUUGGUCUCCCAUUUCCAGUGAGAGAGACCGAGCUAACCUGGUGUUGUUAGGAUGUGCAAAUGGUAGCCUUCAGGUAUUAAACUGCAUUCGUACAGAAUGGGAUCCGCUCGAUGCCACGUUCAGCAUUAACCAACCUUAUCAGGUCAACACAGUUGAGCACUCCAUCAACGCAGACAAGGAGUUGAUGGCAGACAGCUGCAUAUACGAGUGUACCCGCAACAGAAUUCAACACGUGGCUAUCACCAGCAUCCCACUGAGGUCCAGGGCUAUCUCCUGCAGCCGGGACACAGCCGAAAGCAAGCUGGUCCUGGGCUGCCAAGACUCUUCUCUGGUUCUCUACGAUGCUCAUCGGCGGGUAACCCUGCUAGCCCAGGCGGAGGUGUUGCCCUCUCUGAUCGAGUGGCAUCCUGACGGGGGCAUGUUGGUGGUUGGAAGCAGCCAAGGCGAGCUCCAGUGUUUCGACACUGCCCUCUCGCCCAUGAAGCUGCAGCUCCUGGCAGAAGAUCUCACACCCAAAACGUCCCUGCAGUUUGGCAAACACUUUGAUGUCUCCAGCAGCCUGGUUCAGGCACAGUGGGCGGCCGCCCGGGCCUUCCCUCACAGCAGCGACAGCCUGGAUGUUCACGACCUGCUGUUUCUCAGGUUUGACAAGGGACCAAUCGCAGUGCUUCGAUUCAAACUGGGUGCCAUAACAACGGGGCAGCUGGGGCCCACUGAGCUCGUCCACCAGUGUAUUCGUUAUGACCAGAUUGAUGAAGCUAUUAACAUCUUAAGUGGCAUCAAUUGGAAUACAAUGGGACCAGAUUGCUACACAUGCUUAAGUGCCACCGUUGAUCAUCUUCUCAGGCAAAAGUUAACAGCAGAGAGGGAAGCUCAGCUAGAAGCAGCCCUUGGGACAUUUUAUGCUCCAACAAGACCCCUCUCCGAAACAACAGUGCUGGAAUAUAGAGAUCCCAUCAGCAAAUACGCACGUCGCUUUUUUCACCAUCUUCUCAGGUACCAGCGGUUCGAGAAAGCUUUUCUGCUUGCAGUUGACAUCGGAGCUCAUGACCUGUUUAUGGACAUCCAUUACUUGGCGCUAGAUAAGGGGGAAUUGGUGCUGGCUGAAGCGGCGAAGAAAAAGGCUAAUGAAAUUGAUGCAGAAUCAAUAACUACUAGAGUCGAAACGCAGGACUCCCUGGAUGGAGGAGGGUCACUGAAUGGAGGUGCCCAUGACCAAUCUCCUCAAACAGAUAGAUUUAAGGACACCUUGCCUCCACCUGGCUCAAGCAGCAGAAGCAGCCGCCUUUCCCGUUACACAUCUACUCUGAACAGUCCCCGCUUCAGACCUCCUAGCCGCAGACUGACAGCCGAGGUGGGGAAUGAACUUGGAAUCAGUGCCUAUGAAGCGGCUCUGUUGGAUGACCCCUGGGCCUCGUCUCGAGCAGGAAACCACCUUGACGAUAAUAACGGACAGGAAAUUGAAGAAACCGGAUCUCUCAAAGUUGUUCAUUUUGGUUUAGUAUAAGCAGUCCUUGGAUUUCUCAAACGUGAACAAAAUAUUUUGUUGUUUUAUCAGCCUCUGUUUUAGGUGUGUUUUAUAUAUUUUUUGUUUUUCUUUACAGUUACAUUUAUUCAACUACUUUGUCUUAAAAUUAUUUUUAACACAGAAAUAAUUUCAACUGAAACUAAACAACUAUCAGCUUUCUUCUAAAAAGGACAGUGAGCAUUUCUAACCCGUUUGUAUUAGGAUUUGUACAAUAACCAUUUAUCAAUUAAUAAGGGUUGUUUUUUUUUUAUACAGUAAAGCAAUGUUAAUAAUAGGCCAACAUACUUGAAUCCUUGUGACUCAACAACUGAGACAUUGUGCAAAGAUAUGGAAACGAACCCCUUAAAGGUGUACUUCACCUAUAGUAGUAACAGAAUAGACAGAAUAUAUAGUAGCAUUUCUUUCUGUUUUUUUAUACUUAAUAUAUAUGUUUUGUACCUGUACAAUUUGAGCAGAAUAAUUAUUCCAUGUUCUAUGUGUGCUUAUCUAAUGUACAAUAAAAUGCUUUAAUGAACAAUUAA